CUUCUAAGAGCCAGGGGAUGAUGUCGACAUCUUCUUCGAGCGCCGCCGCGAAAGCGCACCUGGCUGGGGCUGGGCGGAUGCUGAAGCACAAGCUGCAGAAAACGACGGACGACUUGGUGUUUGUGAAGAAUAAUUUCCUUGAUCAUGGUUCGUUGUACCUCCACGGCGCUGCGUCAACCACGGGGAUGUCGAAUGAAAUCGUGCAGCCGCCGCACUCACCAAACAGCACGGAUUCGGAGAGGUUAGAUUACCAAUUCGAACCCGAGUCCGGGGACUACACGUUCCUUUGUCGGGACACGAACGCGUUUCCGGAGGUGGACCAGAAAUCGCCGCAAGGGGUGGAAGGAGCGGCUCUGGCGAGCAAUAAGGAUGGUGGAGAAGACCAGUUCAGGAACACAAACACGAGUUUGGGAAAGUACUUGUUUAGUUUUGAUGUGAGGAAAAUUCGUAGCCUUCUAGAAGUUUCUAGAGCAAUCUCUGACUGGUUCAUCGUGGACGUAAACACGACCAGUAGCUCCGGUCUAGCAGUUCGCGAGUUCUUGCUACAGUAAUCAAGUCAUGUUUAUUUCCGAACUGUUCUCUGAGAUAGUCACAGUAAUGAGUUCAAGUAUUUGAAUUUACUCGACCACAGAGCGUCUUCCACUGGCAGCAAAGUUCACCGCGGGGCUCGCACGACCAGUAAGGAAGCCGAACAGAAUCAAGCAAGCACCUUCAAGGCAAGUAGCAGCAAUAAAUCACCUCUGUCGACCGCCACGAGCUUUUUCCAGAAAAACAAG